UUAGCAAAGCUAGCGCGAGGCUCCGUCCGUUCACUUCAUUGGGCGCGAGAAUUAGCCGUUAGCAGCCAGCGAUCAUGGCGGAGGUGCGCAGUCUGCGGGUGUCCGUGAAGUCCGAAAGCGCGUCUGAUAGGUCAGAGUCCGACUCCGAGUCAGAUUCGGAUCGAGACGUCCGUGGAGCAGAGCCCAUGGAGGUGGAGGAAGGAGAGCUGGAAUCCAUUCAUGUUCGCCGCAGUUUAAAAGAACUGUUGCCGGACACCAGCCGACGGUAUGAAAACAAGGCUGGUACUUUUAUCACUGGAAUCGAUGUCACAUCUAAGGAGGCCAUAGAGAAGAAAGAGAAACGAGCCAGAAGAUUUCAUUUCCAAGCUGAAGAAAAUCUGACGAGGAGGAAUUUUGCUCUGGACAGGGAGUUGGUAAAGAAAUCUAUCCCAAAUGUGCGUUUGGAAGCCCUAUACCUGAGCGGGGUGGAUGACAUGAGUACUCAGGAUAUUUUCGGCUACUUUAAAGAGUAUCCGCCUGCCCACAUCGAAUGGAUAGAUGACGCGUCCUGCAACGUGGUGUGGCUGGACGACAUCUCUCCAGCCAGAGCUCUUAUUAACCUGAGUCGAAUGCCUGACAAAGAAGAGGUCACGAGCGCAGACAGCUCCAAACCCUCUGAACUUCCAGUCCAACCGCAGAAAGACCGACGGAACCGAGGAUCUGAUGAUGAUGAUGACGAUGAUGAGGAAGAGGAGGAGGAGGGGGAGGUAGAUGAUGAUGAUGAGGUGGUGGUGAAAGAAGACAAGAACAAAAGCAGUGAUGGCAGUGAGGGUAAAGCUAGUGAUAUUGAGGAAGAGACAGUGAAGAAGACUUUGGAAACCUCAGAGGCUGACCUGCUGUCCCAGGAAGAGAGAGAAUCCCUUCUUCGCAAUGAUCUGAGGCCUACGAUCAUUCCUUUAAAAGGCAACAAACUGUUUUUGCGGUUUGCCACCCAGGAUGACAAAAAAGAGUUGGGUGCGGCCAGGAGAAGUCGGUACUACAUGAAAUAUGGGAAUCCAAACUAUGGCGGCAUGAAAGGCAUCUUGAGUAACUCUUGGAAACGGCGAUAUCACACGCGGAGGAUCCAGCGUGACGUUAUAAAGACCAAAAAGUCCCUCAUUGGAGACAGCAUGGGCCACACGCCACCCUACACACACAGACACUCGGCUGACCUGGUGAAUCUGCCAGAGGAGCCUAUAGAGGAAGAGGAGGAGGAAGAAGAGGAGGAGGAUGGAGAUGAGGAUAUGGAUGCUGAUGAUAGAGUGGUGGAGUACAAAGAUCGGGGUGAAAGGGAACUGGGUCCGCGGUUGACGGAAGGGGGUGUGCGUAGUCGUUUAGGAGUGUCGCCUGCAUCUUCAGAUUCAGACGAGAUGGAUUAUGACCUGGAACUGAAGAUGAUCUCAACACCUUCGCCUAAGAAGAGCAUGAAAAUGACCAUGUAUGCCGAUGAGGUAGAAACCAAUCUUCGCAGUCUACGAAACUCUAUAGAUAGUGACACAAGUGGCAGUGUUAAGAAUCGCAUUGGUGGCAGCAGCAAAUCUAAAUCAGAAAAAGUGACAGAUGUGAGACAGUUACUGGAGGAAAAGAGGCAGGGACUCUCUCAGCCGAGUUCACGCCCACCAGCAACUUCUAGCACAAAGACCGAUGUGAGACAGAGAUUAGGUAAGAGAGCACACUCUCCAGAAAGAUGUCGCUCUGUCUCUCCUGUCGUUUCUAGAAACGCAGUCUCUCGUAGAGAGCCGUUGACUGAUGUGCGCAGCAGGCUGGGUGUGGCUAAACACGAGGGGCGUAGUAUCUACUCAGAGUCUUCAAAAGAUAAGAAAACAGGGGGCUUGUGGAGCCGCCUCGGCCCAUCUCACAAGGAAAGUGACGACGAUCACAAGGUUUCUUCUCGGGCGUCUUCAUCACGAGGAAUGCGACGGCGAGAUGAUGUCGAAUCUGAUGGAACUGAUGAAGACAAUGAUGAAGAGGAUGAUUCUCAGCUGCAAAAAAUAUGGGGAGCAAUGAUUAAGCAGAAGGAACAGCAGACCAACAAGAUGAAGAAAAGCAGGCUGGACAACCUUCCCUCGCUGCAGAUCGAGAUCAGUCGAGACAGCAGCGACGGCUCGGACAGUGAUGCCUGAGGGACUCUUAUUGUUGGUGGAGAAAGUGUGGGUGAUGGAGGAAUGAUAUUUAAGACAAAGCAGUGCGGGAGAGUUGAAUAACGCCUUUAUAAAACUGUGCUGAGAGACCUUCACAUAUGUGAUGAAAAACAUUCCUACAUUCCCGCUUUUUGCCCUUCAACAGACAUUGCAGAUGUUCUAUUACUCAUUUUUCCAAGAGCUGUACUAACUUCCAGUGAGCUGUUGGAAUAAGAAUUUUUCAGAAUGAAUGAAAAAUUGCGCAGAAUUAUUUUUUUCCAUUUCAAAGAAAGGACAGUGGUGUGCCCUCAUGCAUUUUGUUUUUCUUUAAAAGAAAAUGGAUUUGUUGUUGUAUUUAACAUGUCAUGAAGGCCUGUUUUAAAUAUAGGGUGAUGCACCAGGUUGACCAAAACAGUCCUGUGACUUGAUUUAGUGGCUGGCUGGAUGAGCAAGCAGUGUGAUUGGAUGUCAUGAGCAAUACAGUUUUUUUUAAUACUGUCAAUAAGUUCAUGCAUUAUUGCCAUUCCUGUUACACAUGACUGUUUUAUCACUGUGGGUUUGAUGUGUAAAAAAUAAUUUUAGACUUUAAUUUGGUGCAAGCCAAGCUUUAUUGUAAUGUACACAGUCCUAUAAGAGGGACACAUACUGUAGCCAAUCAAAAAAAUCAUUUUCCCACAAUGAAUGGUCUUUAUUCUCUAAAUACGUCUGGUGGAAAAAGUGAAACUUUGACGAAAAGGCAUUGUGUGCAUAAUAAAAGCCCUGUUUUUUUACAUUG